GUACCAACCACUUGCUGGUUUCGAAGAGACUCUUCUGUUAGAGGAUUUCUGUGCAAUUGUCAAGGUCUUAAAUUAAGAAAGCACUUCCCAAGUAUGCGCCUGACAGGGAAGAGAGCAGUUUGCCAUCUCAGCAUUCUACUGUUAUCUGUUUGCAGAAACAAACACAGCAAAGCAGGAUGUUUCUGUGAGGUGAAAAAGUAGCUUUUAAAAAUGGUGUUACUAAUGUUAAUGUAGUGAUUUCGCUCCCGCCCACUCUUUUGUGUUGCUGGGUUUUUGGUUUUUUUUCUUUUUCCUGACAUUCCUUUCUCUGUUCUUUGUAUAGUCCCAUAUAUACUUCAGGAGUAUGUAUCUCCUUAUAUUAUUUAUCCUUCUGCACUCCCCUUGGGUUUUCUUCCUGUGGCCCAAUAGCUUUCCACUUUUUUUUUCUGCCUCGGCUCCUAGUUAUUUCUUCAUCAGGCAGCAAGUUUUUUGAACAAGGUGUACUGUUCAGAAGGGGCUUGGCCUCAGAUAUGUGGUGCAGAAUUUCAGGGCCUGGUCAUGCUGAUACCACCAAUUCCCUCAGAAAGGGGAAACUGCACAGAGUCUUUGAGGAAGUGGGUGAGGUAUAGGGGAAGGAGUCUGUGUGGUUGCUGAUGCUACACAUCACACCUGCAGCAGUGUACAGGAGAGGACAAAAGUUGGGGAUAAUCCCUAGACUGUGCUUGGGCAGUUGGCUUGCAGGAAUCCAGUGGUUUUAGGUUUAUUUUGAACUCAACAGUAAAUAAGGUUGUGAAGCUGACAAGGGAGAGCUCAAGGAAGUGCAGCGGUCAGAGCUGCACAAGCGAGGAAGAAUGGGUGUCUCUUUAAGGUAUGUCCUGGUGAGGAUGAAAAGUGCGGCUGAGACAGGCUUCUGUUUCAACAUCAGGAGACUCCGACUGCAGGAAAAACUGGUCUUGCUGAGAUACGAUCCCAUCGCAAAACAACGUGUCCUCUUCACAGAGAAGAGAAAAAUCCGCUCUAUCUGAACAAUGACUGGACUUAGUUUGUGCAUGAGGAGGGAAUGGUGGGGGGGGACGACGGGGUGAACGCUGAUUCAGAAAUCGGCAACAUGGGCUGAAAAGAGAGGAAAUGAACUGGGAUCACCGUCUCCUGUGAUUUGAAGGCCAUUGUGAAUAAAACAAUGUAGAGAGAGAAAAUUCUUAAUGUCUGGACAUAGAUCAUCACAGUAACAUUUAUUUAUCUUUUGAGUUAUUUUUACAGUGCUCAAUUAAAAAAAAAUUAAAUAGCAAA